AAGAGUGACGGAUCAAGAAUUUUGAUGGUCAGUGACCUCAUCCGUUGACCUUGGCUUGGAUUGUUGGGCAUUCCUUUGCUCCUAUGAUUUUGCUUGCCUUGCCUCUGUGUUAACCUUCCUCUCCCCCAGCUGCUCUGCUUUAUAUGGGGUGCACGCUCACACAGGGUCCCUGAAACACCCCAAAUCCGCCAUUGAAAUCAAGAAUCAUCCUCCCCCCCACUCCACAGAGACAGACACAGAGAGGGAGGAAGGGGAAAGAAGACAAGUGAAUGGCCGGGGGAGGAUUUGUGGAAGCAGGGCAAUUGAAAAGGGCCCACCUUUACGAGUACAGGAUCACUGGCUACUUCGUCUUCGCAUGCAUCGUUGCAGCCCUUGGCGGGUCCCUUUUCGGCUAUGAUUUGGGCGUUUCAGGUGGGGUGACUUCCAUGGAUGAUUUCUUGAAGGAGUUCUUCCCAAAAGUGUACAGAAGGAAACAGAAACAUCUCCGUGAGACUGAUUACUGUAAGUACGACAACCAGAUGCUGACCCUCUUCACAUCCUCUCUCUACUUCGCGGGGCUUAUCUCCACCUUCGGAGCUUCCUACGUGACCCGAACCAGAGGAAGAAGAGCCAGCAUCAUUGUCGGGUCGAUAAGUUUCUUCCUCGGAGGGGUCAUUAAUGCUGCCGCCAUGAACAUCCCAAUGCUCAUCAUCGGCAGGAUCUUGCUUGGGGGAGGCAUAGGAUUCGGUAACCAAGCGGUUCCACUUUAUCUAUCGGAGAUGGCACCAGCAAAAGUCCGUGGAGCGGUUAACCAACUGUUCCAACUGACGACCUGCUUAGGCAUUCUUAUAGCAAACCUGAUAAAUUACGGUACCGAGAAGAUCCACCCAUGGGGAUGGAGGCUGUCUCUAGGACUAGCGACGGUCCCGGCGACUCUGAUGUUUGUUGGUGGACUCUGCCUUCCUGAGACACCAAACAGUCUCGUGGAGCAGGGGAGGCUUGAAGAGGGACGGAAAGUGCUGGAGAAGGUCAGGGGCACCAAGAACGUGGAUGCCGAAUUCGAAGAUCUCAUCGAGGCAAGUCAAUCUGCGAAUGCAGUGAAGCAUCCAUUCAGGAACCUCCUCGAGAGGAAGAACAGGCCCCAGCUUAUAAUCGGUGCUCUGGGGAUCCCAGCCUUUCAGCAGCUCACGGGCAUGAACUCCAUUCUCUUCUACUCCCCCGUCAUAUUCCAGAGCCUCGGGUUUGGCUCUGGGGCAUCCCUCUACUCGUCUGUCAUAACGAGCGGAGCUCUCGUUCUGGCCGCCCUCAUCUCGAUGGCAUUCGUUGAUAAGCUCGGCCGCAGAACAUUCUUUCUGGAAGCUGGUUUAGAGAUGAUCAUCUACAUGAUAAUUGUGACCGUAACCCUGGCUCUGAAAUUUGGGGAAGGAAAGGAGCUGCCUAAGGGGGUCGGUAUCUUGCUUGUGAUCGUAAUCUUCCUUUUCGUCCUAGCCUAUGGACGGUCAUGGGGUCCCUUUGGCUGGCUAGUCCCGAGCGAGCUCUUCCCCUUGGAGACCCGCUCAGCCGGACAGAGCAUGGUCGUCUGUGUCAACCUCCUCUUCACGGCCCUGAUAGCCCAGUGCUUCCUCGUAUCUCUCUGCCACCUCAAGUACGGGAUCUUCCUCCUCUUCGGGGGCCUAAUCUUCAUCAUGAGCUGCUUCAUCUACUUCCUCCUUCCUGAGACGAAGCAGGUCCCCAUUGAGGAGGUGUACCUUCUCUGGCAGAACCACUGGCUGUGGAAGCGCUAUGUGACCACCGACCGGAACGGAUUGGCCGAGAAAGCUUGAUUAUGUUUGUAGGAUGGCAGCUAUGGCUCUAGGAAGAACUCCAUAGUCUGUUAGCCAUUUUUUGACUGUUUCUAGUGGUUAUUCUUCAUUUCCUACAAACUUCCUCUCUCAAUAAGAUUGAUUGAUUGUGAAGAGACAUACUCGAAAACCGAUUUGAUUUUGCGUA